CCCAGCUCGAACUGAUUCCGCCCGAUUCCGACGUCGUAGUAAUAACUUGUUUGGUCGGCAGUACGCACAGUCCAGUCCAGCGGAGAACCAGUCCCAGUUCCAGGCCCGCUCUCUAAUCCCAGCGCAGAUCGCUCUCUAAUCCCGCGAAACGGGCCAAAUCUAAUCGGUUCCAUAGGGUUCUCGGCCAGAUAGUGCGUGGGCCGGCCCGAGUAUGUAGCUAAUCGCAGCCGAGCAACAAUUGGCAAGUGGAUCAACUGGUGGCAGUGGGCCAAACUCGAACUCCGUCCGUGCGCAGAUAAUCAAAUUCCGCAAGGCAGUCCGUCCGUCUUUAAUUGCUGCUUUUGGCUGGAAGUGGCGGCGGAAAUUAAUCCGCGCUAGAUUCGUGCACAUACAGCUGGGCAGGAAAACUGCAGUUCGGUCGGAAAACCUGAUAUUGCUCUAGCUCCAACUCUAGGCUUCAGCUCCAGCUCCAGCUGCAGCUGUAGCGACAACAACAACAGUGUCAGUGGCAGCCAGUGCGAUCGAGCCCACAAAAGAGACGGCGACAAAACAAAGAAGCGGGCGAACAAAGAACGCGCGCGGCAACAAAAGAACGAAGGAACAGAGAGGCACAGAUACAGCAGCACAGAUACAAAUACAGAUACAGAUACGGAUACCAGAUACAAAACAAGUCUGUCGCAUAGAUACAUCUCAUAGGUGGUGCAUCCAGCAGGAGCAUCUAUCAGUAGGGGAGCGGUACGAGACCCGAAAAAACCCAAUAAACACGACUGUGCUCAGCCAGCGUAAACACGACGAAAUUGUUAAUUAAGACGCCAAAUGUUUGGCAGACUUCGAAAGUGCAGAGCCCUGAGCAGCGAGUAAACAACGAGAAAGAUAGAGAGAGAAAGUCCGAGAGAGAGAGAGGGUAAGAGCGGCAAAUAAAGAUAAGCGUGUGGGUGCAGUUCGUCUACGGGAGAGCGGUUCCGCUUCCAACGUAGCGCGCACGUUUGUGCUGCCCACCGAAAAUCAGCUGGUGCCCCAAAGCUCAUUCAAGUGCACGCUGAUCGAGACCCCGCUCUCUGCAGGCGCUCUCCCGCUCAGUGACACCCACCCACCCCCUUUCUACGCCCACGCAUCACGUUAUCAGCCAAUGCCUCUUUUCCGCAACUGAGGAGAGCGGAGGAACCAGUUGCGAUUUCGAAAGGUUGACAACUUACACCGAGGAAAUAUCACAGAGCAAUGUCGCACGCCAAAGAACCAGAGACGUCUAUGCCCUCCUCUCGGCAGGAGUCUGAUCGCACAGCGGCACCAUCCAUUACAAAAUCCCUCACUCUGAACUCCACGCGGAGUGGGGUCGGCACGGGAAACUUCGGGGGCUACGGCAUGACGAACGGGGCCGAGAAACCUUCUGUGCUACACAUGAUAAUGGAAGCCUUGGGUCUGCGCAAUCAGGCUCAAAACCGCGAGCCAACAUCCAAGGAUAUUGGAACCCUGAUAAUGCUGGGCGUAAUGUUUUUGCUCUUUGUAAUCAGCGUGACCGGAUUCUUCGUAAUGUGGUUCACCGAAUACUACAACAACACCAUGCUGGAGAAUCUGAUCCUCGCCGAGAACUCGGAUACCGCUAAAAGUUGGCUCAAACCCGAUCCUAAGUACGACACUUUGCUAAAGGCUCACAUUUUUGACUACCCCAACAUCGAUGACUACUUAGCAGGGCGAGCCGACAAAAUAAAGGUCGUGGAUGUAGGACCUCUCACCUACCAGGAGCACACUGUUAAGGAUGAAGUGUCCUUUAACAAAAACUUCACUGUUAGCUUCAGGGACCGCAAGUCUUAUAAGUUUCUCCCCGAAAAGUCGUCUAUUAGGGAAGACUACGUGGUCAGGGUGCCAAACGUGCCGCUUAUCUCUGCCGCCGGGCCAGUUAAGCGCAUGAACCCUUUUGAGCGAUUAGGUGCAUCCUUAUGGAUCAAACAAUUCGAGGAGCCUCUAUUCAAGGAACUCACAGUCUCCGAAUACCUCUGGGGCUAUGAGGACAAAAUCAUAAAGUUGAAGUCCCUGGGCAGAGGUCGGCGACGAUUUGGUCUUCUGAUGAGCCGCAAUGGGACCAGCGUGGAUUCGGUCCAGCUUAACACAGGCGAGGACGACAUCACCAAGUUCAGCAUCAUUACCCAGUUUAACGGCAUGCCCCAGCUGGACUAUUGGGAGGGCGAGGAGUGCAAUCGCAUCGACGGCUCCGAGCCCUCCAUGUUCUCACCGCACUUGCUGCAGGAUCGCAGCACCGUCAAUGUAUUCCUCCAGGUCCUGUGCCGCAAGGUGCCGCUUCACUUCGAAAAAGAGGUAACCAUCUACAACGACAUCGAUGUUCUGCGCUACAAGACGCCAAUGGACGUAUUUAGUCAUCCCUCCAAAAAUCCAGCGAACCAGUGCUAUUGUCAGAACACAGAACUGUGCUUGCCCAGCGGAGUAAUCAACGCCACCAAGUGCUACGGGGAUGCGCCCAUUUUUCCCUCGUUCCCGCACUUCUUCACUGGCGAUCCGGUGCUGUACAAAGACUUUGAAGGUAUCGAACCAGACGCAGAACUGCAUCAAACCUAUGCCGACAUCCAUCCUCGAUUCGGUUUCCCGAUUAGCGGCGCGUCCCGUGUGCAGAUAAACAUUAUGCUGGACAAGACGCCGAUACUAAGAAAUCAGGGCGCUCGGCUGAAGAACACUACCAUCCUUCCUCUUAUCUGGAUCGAGAUCACGUCGGGAGACUUCUCCGAGGAGGUGCUCCACACGCUGUACUUGAGCACCUUUGGUCUGAAUGCCAUUCAGCAAACUCUUAAGUACGGCACCCUGCUCAUAUCGGUGACAUCGUUCAGCCUGAUCGUGGCCGGCGUCUACUACCUGAACAGCAGGCGGGAGGAGCAGCUCCAGGAGAGCAAGACAUCCGCUGAGCUGGAGGCGCUUAACGGCGGUGAGAACAUCAUCGUUGUGCACCACAUGGACAUGCCUGUUCCACUGCCCGUCCAAGAGGGCAUUAACCAUCGAGGAACGUAAAAGUGCCAUUAUUAAGGGGCGGGAGUGGGGAAAGUUUUUAAACUUAAAUGAGAUUUUCGAAUUUGCUUGCACUAAUUAUAGAAUAGUUUGUAAACAUAGAGUCGCCAGUUACCUUUAGUCAUUAGUGAAUCUGAUGUAUAUAUAUGUAGAAUCGUUCAAUAAACUGUUCAUUACCUAUAA